UGCGCCCAAAUGGGGGUAAAACGUUUACUGCGAACCCCCAAAACAAGUGUCGGGGUUUUCUACCGGCCAUGUACAAUCAACUGGAGUAUAUUGUGAUUACAAUUUGGCGGCGUCUAGUCAUAAAUCCCGUGUAGGAUGUUGGUUUCGGGUGUUUUGUAAUACAAGGUAUAAUGUAUGUACCUUUCUUUACAAUAGUGGUGAAAUCCACGGAAUGUUCCACAUAGGAACAGCUGACGACAAUGCCGCACCGAAAAUAUGAACGAGAUAUGAAGGAUUACAAGAAGUAUCAUUAAAUCAAAUGCUUGCUAAUUAACAAUCAGGGUAAAGACAGAGGUUAGAGGGCACGUGCCUCCAGCACCCCUGCUCUCCUCUUCCAGAGUGUGAUUCGUCGGUCCCCACGACGUCACCAAUGCGACCAUGGGAAAUAGCAGUGACUAGGCGGCCACCGACAGCCCCCUUGAACCAGAGGAGGUUCCUAGGAGAGCCCUGCAACACCCCAGUGCACCUCAGGAGAAGCCCGCCAGUGAGACGACAGUGGGGGAGUCGAGACCGACCGGUCGUACUGCACGACUCCUCGCUCCAGGAUGAGAACUUCCACCACCCUCUCUUCUCCCAGCAACAUCAGCAGGUUCUUUUAGAUGAGGCCAGACAGUACAGCCACGCCAGUGCCCCGCCACGCAUGCUCCACCCUGCCGCACACCCACCUCGGCAUCAACAGACCCCCAUCAUGGUGGAGCUACACGACCAGGGAUCCGUUCCCAUCUCUUACACUGUUACCACGGUGACGACGCACGGUUUCCCCAUCCACACCGGGCAACCUCUCCCAGGGUGCAACAGUCAGCAGCUCCCAGCAUGCUCGGUAAUGUUCAGCGGACAGCUCUCUCUGCUCUGCUGCCUUCCUCCUCCUCUCAUCCAAGCCUGUACAAUGCAGCAUUUGCCAGUGUCUUACCAAGCUUUCCCACCCCUGAUCUCCAGCGAACAUUUUAUAUUGCACCCCAACCCCCCGGGGCCGCCACCCCACCAGCCUCCUCACCUCACUCCUCUCAGCCAGUUCCUCCCUCUUCAGAGGCAGCACCCACGCAUGCCUCUCCAGAGGGUAGAGAAUGAAGUGGACCUCAGGGGGGACCAGCAUCCAUUAGGAACGUUCUCUUACCCUGCCUCGAGUCACCACCACCCAUCAGCGAUGCCUCCCUCUGUCCCCCUCCAGUACCUCCCUCAGGAGCCUCUGCACCAAGAGAUGCCCUUCCCAGUGCCAUACCCCCACAUGCUGCCGAGACGUGUCAGUGGUCACAGGUACCGGUUACAGCAGCCCCUGCCCCCCCCGCCGCCGCCACCACCACCACCCUACUACCCAGGCUUCCUGCCCUACUUCCUGUCGAUGCUUCCUGUGCCUCCUACAGCAGUGGGACCAGCCAUCAGUCUGGACCUGGAUGGAAAUGAUGUGGAGAUGGAGAACUAUGAGGCAUUACUGAACCUGGCUGAAAGGCUGGGAGAGGCUAAACCACGAGGAAUCACCAAGGCAGACAUCGAGCAGCUUCCAUCCUACAGGUUCAACCUCGACAACCAUCAAUCUGAACAAACGCUGUGUGUGGUGUGCUUUAGUGACUUCGAGUGUCGGCAGCUGCUGAGGGUAUUACCCUGCAACCACGAGUUCCACGCCAAGUGUGUCGACAAAUGGUUAAAGACCAAUCGCACUUGUCCAAUCUGCCGGGCGAACGCGUCAGAGGUGCACCGCGAGGUGGAGUGAGUGAUACCCAGGCUUUUGGAUCUUUGAUUGGAAAGCAGCACAAAACUAAACCCACAGAGUCUGUCAGUCUGUCUUAGCGCCUGCCUCAGCCUGCCUGGGGACGUCUGCCACCUACCCUGCCUGCGUCGUUCCCCCCCACCACUCCUGCCACCUACCCUGCCUGCGUCCCUCCCCCCACCCCCCCACAACUACUCCUGCCCCACCUCAACAACAAUAAGCAAUCUAAGAUUGCAUGUUUGAGGCCCUUCCCUCAGUCGUACCUCUGUUGUGCUUCUACUGCUGCAUCUGAUGAAAAAGCUACUGCCUGCUACCAACCCAUAGCCACAGAGUUGUCCUGUCAGUCUGUCUGCCUGGGAUAGCCAUUGAUCCACCACCUCGAUCUGCUCCUCUGCCUGCGCCAGUGUUGCGGAUUCCAAAGAUGUGACCUACCAUAUGUUGAUAUCGUCGUAGGGCUUUUACGUUUACUUGUUGUUGUUGUUGUUGUUGUUUUGUUAUCUUGUGGUUUUGGUUAGUUCUUUGUGACAGAGGGGUGUUGGAGUUUCCUGCAUUGGAGAUGGUGGGGGGGGGGGGGGGGUUUAAGGACUUGGUGGAGCGGAGAGAAGCGUCAGACUAGACCAUUCCACUCGCUGACUGACCGUCAUAGUACUGUAGGAGACGAGACCAUUCCACUCGCUGACUGACCGUCAUAGUACUGUAGGAGACUAGACAAUUCCACUGGCUGACUGACCGUCAUGGUACUGUAGGAGACUAGACCAUUCCACUGGCUGACUGACCGUCAUAGUACUGUAGGAGACGAGACCAUUCCACUGGCUGACUGACCGUCAUAGUACUGUAGGAGACGAGACCAUUCCACUGGCUGACUGACCGUCAUAGUACUGUAGGAGACGAGACCGUUCCACUGGCUGACUGACCGUCAUAGUACUGUAGGAGACGAGACCAUUCCACUGGCUGACUGACCGUCAUAGUACUGUAGGAGACGAGACCAUUCCACUGGCUGACUGACCGUCAUAGUACUGUAGGAGACGAGACCGUUCCACUGGCUGACUGACCGUCAUAGUACUGUAGGAGACGAGAUCGUUCCACUGGCUGACUGACCGUCAUAGUACUGUAGGAGACGAGACCAUUCCACUGGCUGACUGACCGUCAUAGUACUGUAGGAGACGAGACCGUUCCACUGGCUGACUGACCGUCAUAGUACUGUAGGAGACGAGACCGUUCCACUGGCUGACUGACCGUCAUAGUACUGUAGGAGACUAGACCAUUCCACUGGCUGACUGACCGUCAUAGUACUGUAGGAGACGAGAC